AUGGAUAAGGAUCAGGAAGAAAAAGCGAAAGCGAAACGAUAUAAUCUCACGACAGCCGAGGAACAGCAACGACGACUAGAAAAGCUGUUCCAGAAAAUCGAUAAACCCGUUGUCAUUCCUGAGAGGCCAAAGGAGAAAUCAAGUGUAAAGCCGCCAAAGGAAUUCGUUAGCAAUGUACCAGGGUCCAGUGCGGGUGCUGGUAGCGGCGAUUUCCACGUUUACAGAGCUCAUCGUCGACGAGAGUAUGCUCGAUUACAGGAGAUGACGGAGCAGGAACGAAAGGAAAAGGAGCAACGAGACUAUGAAGAGAAAAUGGCACGAUUAAAGGCUGAAGAUGAAGAGCGUACAGCUAAAAAGCGAGCGAAGCGACAGAAACGCAAACAGGCCCAACAAGCCAAUGGCGACAAAAAGAAACCAAAAACAGAGGAAUCAAGUAGUAGCAAGCCAAAAACAGAGGAGAGUAAAUAA